AUGAAAGCUUUCAUCGCAGUAGUCGCUGUUUGUUUGCUGUCCUCAGCAACCGUCUCCAAGGCUGGAUACCUUGGAGGCGGCGGCUACGGUGGAGGUGACGAGCACUCGUACGGGGGAGGCAGCGACGGCGGUGGCGAGCACGGGGGCCACGUGGUCUCGCAAACUGUGGAGAUCACGAAACCGGUGGCGGUGCCGGUGUACCAGCACGUGGGUGUACCAAUUCCUCACUCCGUGCCUGUGCCGGUACCGAAGCCGGUCGCCGUACCCGUGCCCCAGCCGUACCCCGUCCACAUCCAUGUGCCACAGCCCGUCGCCGUACCCGUCAUCAAGACCAUCACCAUUCCCGUUGAGAAGCCGGUGCCUUAG